GGAUUUCACCACUGUGCACACAACCAAUUUCAGAUUCAUUACCAGUGCAUCUUUUCGAUACAUUUCUAUUAGUUAUUAGCGCUAUUUUCGUGGUCAAAGGACCACCAGGACGAGAUGGACGGGAUGGAAAUAUGGGAAAGCGAGGGGAGCCGGGAGAUGAAGGACCAGUUGGAGACGAAGGUCCUCCUGGGUUGCCUGGAAUUAAAGGUCCACCAGGAGAAGAAGGAGAUGUGGGAUUGCCUGGAGAAAUUGGCGAUCCGGGACUGCCAGGUAUAAGGAGACAAGGAGGACCACCUAUGGCAGGAUAA